AUGGCAGAACUGAAAGAAAUUCUCAUCAUCGGGGGUACUGGUGCCCAAGGAAGACCAGUCGUUAAAGCUCUCGUCGAAACCAACCGGUAUCGCGUCAGGGUCCUCACCCGUAAUGUUGAGAAUUCACGCGCAAAAGAACUCGCCGCCCUCCCGAAUGUCACCCUCGUCCAAGGGAAGCAAGACAGCCAGCAGGAUCUCCACCGCGCGUUCCAGGGCGUCUACGGCGCUUGGGUCAACACGGACGGCUUCACCCUGGGCCAGAAGAAUGAGCUGUUCUAUGGUAUCCGCGCCUACGAGAUCGCCAGGCAUGAAGGUGUUCAGCACUACGUCUGGGCCAGCACUGACUAUGCGUUGAAGAAGUCGGGGUGGAACGAGAGCUACCAUUGGGGUCACAACGAUUCCAAAGGGAGAAUCACAGACUUCAUCUUGGCGCAAGGCCAGGAGGGCAUGAAGAGCUCCGUCCUCACGACCGGUCCCUAUAUGAACAUGCUGAUGGAUGGGAUGUUUCCGCCGAAAGAACAGGCAGAUGGUUCCUUCCUUUGGGCAAACCCUGCUAAAGACGGCAAGAUCCCACUCAUCGCUUUGGAAGACGUCGGCAUCUACAGUCUUUGGCUGUUUGAAAACCUCGCCGAGUCCGCGGGUCUUAACCUGGAAGUGACGACAGACGAAGUCAGCUUCGCUGACAUUGCGAGGAUCUUCACAGAGGUGACGGGUAACAAGGGCGUACACAAGCACGUGCCGUUCGAGGAAUACGCGCCACUCGCAGAGCCGUACCCGGGUGCCUAUGUCAACUACAGUGUGGGGCCCGAGGUCGUCCGGGACGAGUCGGACAUGACCUGGAGGCAGAACUUUGGGGCGUGGUGGCGGUUUUGGGGUGAGGGGAUCGUCAAUCGGAGGGAUUUGGAGCUGCUGGACCGUAUUCAUCCCGGCCGGAUUCGGAGUCUGGCGGAAUGGAUACGGAAGACUGGGUACGACGGGAAGCCUAGACCGGUCCUCAAAGGUGUCGAGGACUGGAAGAAGCCUCCUAGCUCGUCGGAAACCGGCACCUCCGAUGAGGAGACAGCCUUGAACGAGCCACAGGACUACUUGCGCAUCCCAGGCCUCAUCUUCGACGAAGUCCCAGCCCUUAUCCCACCUCAACACUCUGCGGCGCUCUGCUAUCUUCAACCCAAAGACUACAACCUCGGUUUGUCAUGGGAUGAGUACUAUAAACUAUUGGAACCCUUUGACCAUGUAGCCCAAAAGUUGGUCGAUAUUUUUGAUUACUCCAUCCAAGAGCUCAACGCAGGCAUCGAGCCCACCGUCAUGAGAUGCACCGCCAACGAGAAGGGUUCAUCCUCCGAGUCAGACUCUUCCUUUUGGGACGAGUUCUUUGAGCGAGUGCUCAACAACAUCCACAAACCAACCCAAAAGAUCUCCAUCCUGAGAAAAUCCGAGGCUGAGCAGCGUCUUAACCAUCAGCUUUUGUGCGCCGAAUGA